AUGGAGCUCACCGAUCACUCAAGUCAGUCGCAGACUGAUGAAAAAGCAGUGGCAGAGUCACCUCCGACCGGCAAUAUGGAGAGGAAAUUUAGCCAUGAUGAGGUUGUUGCGUACGAAGAGAUGGGUGCGCCUGUGGACAACCCAAUGACCUUCCGUCGGUUCAUGGGAUUCACAGCAAUGGCGUUCCUAUGGACUGGAAGCCAAAUUCCAGUCUAUCUCUUCGGAGGCAUACCACCUUACGUCUACGGAGACAUUGGCGGUGCGGAUCGAUGGGUUUGGUUUGUCCUGGCGAACUUGCUGGCACUUGCUGGUGUCUGCCCUUUUGUCGGAUCACUUUCGGAUUUGAUCGGUCGUCGAUACGUUGCCCUCAUCGGAGCCUCCCUUGUUUGCCUUGGUAUGAUAGUCAGCAGUACGGCACAUACGAUGAACAUUUUCAUUGCGGGAAUGGCAAUAGCGGGCGCAGGUGCAGGUAUCAAUGAGUUGACUGCAUUAGCCGCCACCUCAGAAAUGGCACCAACUCGACAGAGAGGAAAAUAUGUCUCAGUAUUAAUUUUCACCAUCUUGCCCUUUUGCCCAUCUGUGCUAUGGGCUCAGCUUAUUGCAGCACACAGCGGAUGGCGCUAUGUCGGGGCUUUCUGCGGAGCAUGGAGUGGUUUCGGUUUGCUCAUCACAGCCCUCUUUUACUUCCCGCCACCACGAGUCAAUUCAGAAGGCUUGACGAGAUCCGAUAUUAUCAGUCGUAUAGACUUCAUCGGGGGGUUCCUCAGUAUUUCCGGCCUUAUCAUCUUCUUGGCUGGACUGCAGUGGGGUGGAUAUAUGUAUGACUGGACAUCCGCUCAUGUUCUGGUUCCCCUGAUUCUUGGUUUUGUAGCCUUGGUUGUGUUUGCAUUUUGGGAGAUUUAUGGUGCCAAGUAUCCCAUCUUUCCAAGCCGACUAAAGCAAGAGCCACGCAUAUUGGGCUUGACCCUAGUCAUCACGUUCAUCUCAGGAGCAAACUUCUUCUCUGUUCUCAUGUUCUGGCCCACACAGUCAUUCAACGUGUAUGGUCACGAUCCCGUCGACGUUGGUAUUCGGAGUCUCCCCAUCGGGCUCGGCAUCAUGGCAGGUGCUUGUAUCAUCCUAUGGCUCCUCAGUGUCUUGCACGGCCACAACAAGGAGCUACUCAUCAUCAGCAGCGUCCUCAUGACAGCAGGCUGCGGUGCCAUGUCAAUAGGCCGACCAGACAACCUAUACCAACUCUGGGGCAUUCUAAUCAUCGCAGGCCUAGGAAUCGGGGGCAUAAUCGUCCCAGCCUCAAUCAUCACAACAAUUAUAUGUCCAGACGUAAGCCUACCCCCCUUAUUAACAACACCAACCCUCCACAUACACCCCAUAGACUAA